GCACUUGUCAAUUUCUUUUCGUGUAGUUGAAAUCAAAUCUGAAUAAAUCCUUUCGCCAUUUUAAUCAACAAUUUACAAUUUACUUUGUCAAAUUAAUCAUUUUUAAAUAUCUGAGAGCAUUUAAAAGAAAUGGCAGGAAUGCAAGAUCAAAAAUGGAAUCAAAAAGAUACAGCUGAUCAGAAUUUUGAUUAUAUGUUCAAAAUACUUAUUAUUGGCAACAGCAGUGUUGGAAAAACAUCAUUUCUUUUUAGAUAUGCUGAUGAUUCUUUCACUUCUGCUUUUGUGAGUACAGUUGGAAUUGAUUUCAAAGUAAAAACUAUCUUCAAACAAGAUAAAAAAGUAAAGCUUCAAAUAUGGGAUACUGCAGGUCAAGAACGAUACAGGACAAUCACUACUGCUUAUUAUCGAGGUGCAGUAGGAUUUAUUCUAAUGUAUGAUGUUACUAAUGAAGAAUCUUUUAACAGUGUUCAAGAUUGGGUCACCCAAAUUAAAACACAUUCAUGGGAUAAUGCACAAGUUAUUUUGGUUGGAAACAAAUGUGAUAUGGAAGAUGAACGGGUAGUUUCAGCAGAACGAGGUAAGCAGUUAUCUAUGCAGCUGGGUUUAGAAUUUUUUGAAACUUCUGCCAAAGAGAACAUCAAUGUUACAACUGUUUUUGAACAUUUGGUUGAUGGAAUCUGCAAUAAAAUGUCUGAAAGUCUAGAUUCAGAUCCAACUUUAAUGAAUGCUUCAAAAGGUACUCGGAUCACUGAAAAUCCACCUCCUCCAAGUAACGCAUGUCAGUGUUAGCCAUAUUUUAUUGUUUUAGUACAUUGGAAAUAUAUUAAAUGUAGUUGUCUACUUUUAUAGAACUUUCUCAUUAGAUCAUCUUGUUGUUCAAACAGAAAUAACACUAUUUAUAAAUACAGUAUUUAUGAAAUUGAAACUGAUUUCAAUAAGUAAAGAUGUGUGUGCUAUAAUAAGAAUAGAGACAUGAAAAGGGGAAACACUGAUACUUAUAUUCACAAUUGAGGGUUAAGAUUCAAAGUCAUAAUUUAAUCAGUUAACAUUUAUUAUACUUCAAAUAUCAAUAUAUUUGAUAUUUGAAGUAUAAUAAUGCUUAUUGGUUAACUCUUGACUUUGAUUUAAGAUUCUGGAUUGAGAAUAUAGAUAAAAAUCAAUAAACUUAUAUAUUCAAAUGUUAAGAGAACAUUUAAUAUUUAUAUUUGAAGUUUGUAAGAAAUUAAGCAAAUAUAUAUCUGAUAAUUUAAUAUGUAAAGAGGAAAAGAUAAGCUUUAGUCAUACUGUGCCUUGAUGACUUAACCUUGGAAAUGAUGUAAGUGCCUUAAUAAUGAAUUAUCUUGUUUUUUAAAAAAUAUAUACAUGUUCUUGCAAAGAGUAAUUUAGUAUCAAAUGGAUUAAAUCACUUUACAAUCUGUUCUGAUAAGUCUUAACAAUCAAUUAGUUUAAAUUUUCUAUUAUAUGAAAUACUACAGUUAAAUGAUGUAUGUAUUUCUUUGUUCUUGGUAUAGAAUUGUAGUUCAUCUUGCUGUAAAAUUAUAAAGUUCAAAUUAUAUUUGCAGAACAAGCUUCCACAGUCUGAGAAAUUUUUAUUCUUUAAAAGAAAUAUAUCUGCUAAUUAACUUUAAGUAAGUUAUUGCACAGAUUAGUGGCAAAUUCAGAUGUCAUUAUUAGGGAGACAUCAGGAAUAUGUUUGUGUAAGACGUAAAAUAGAUCAAAAAAAGACUUAAACAUAUUAAGAAGAUGCAUAUAAUCCUCUGUGCCUGUCUGAUACAAAUAAAAGUUGAAUGUAUCAGUUAGUCUCUGUGGAAAUUAGAUUGAAGAGUAAGCAUAUCAUAAUAUUUUUAAAAAGUUUUCUUAUAUUCAAAAUUUGUUCUUAAAGUUGAAUAUAUACAUUCCUUAGGAUACCAGUAUCCCUUGAUUAAUAUAGUUAGUUGAUCCCUUGAUCCUACCACAUAUAUCAAAAUUGCAUUAAUCAAAAUACGGUAUCUAUGUUAAGUAGAUAGCUGGUAAAGCUGCAUAAAUUAAAACUUCUGCAUAUAUAAAGGGAUUAACACAAUUAAUUUUGAGUAUUAAUCAAAUCCCACAUUAAGCAAAAUUGCAUUAAGCAAUGGAUACAUAUACUGUACAUACCUUUCUUGUUGCUUUCAUUUAGGUAUCUUUGGAAUAUUGUUGAUAUACACUAGCAGUAUUUUAUGUUAUAUUUCUGUAUUUAUUUAACUUUUUACUAAUUUCUAUAUCUUUAUUUCAAUUAUAUAAAUGAAUUUGGCAAUCUUGAAGAAUUCAUUUUUAUUCAUUCAUUUUUGCUGUUAAUAAAAAUUUACCUAUGCUUUAUAAUAUCUUCUCAAUGAUGCUAAAUCAUUAUAAUUUUACAACUCUUCUUUAUCAUAUAUCAUAUAUAUAUUUUUAAAAAUUUGAAUUUUUCAUUUUAUUUGAGGUUUUGACUAAUUCAGUUCUCUGAUGAUUAGUUCUUCUCUAGCAAACUAUAGUAGCUACAAAGUAUAAAAAUCAUAAAUUUUAUUAAAUUAAUAAAAAGUGAUCAAUCAAAUUAUGUAUAAUUUAUAAUUAAUUGCAAGAAAAUAAAUUUCUGAAGAGAAUUUGAAUCACUUGUGCCAUAUAAUUAUAUAUAAUUGGAAAGCCAGUCUUUGUCCACUGCAGUGUUUUCCAAUCUGUGGUGUGUGAGACUAUUGCAAGGGAGUGUGCAGCUUUUACUAAAUUAUCAUUUUUUAAUACAAACAAAAAAGGUCAAAUCGAUGUCAAAAAAAUGAAUCAGCAAAAUGUUUAAUUCAUAACCCUUAUCCAAACUGCUCAGGUAUGAAUGCUAAAAAUUCAUUUCCACACACUUGCCAAAAUGUCUCUAGAAGAGCUGAGCCCCGGAAACAAUGUAAUAAGGUAUAUUAUUUUGUAGGCCAUUAAAUAAAUUAUAAGGACAGUAUUUAUGAAAUUAGAUUGUUACAAAAAUUUAAGGAGUGAUGCAACAAUUUUUUUCUGAAAAAGAGGUACAGAUAGUUUGGAAACCACUGGUCUAAUGUAAAACCUGAUAAUUGACUGUCAAAAUUAUGAAUUUAUACUUACAAUGAAAAUAUAAGAUAUUUUAAUAUUUUACAGGAUAAUGUUUAAAAGAAAGUAUUUGAAUUUUUUAGAGUUAAAAGUUAAUAUUUGUUCAUAGAAUAUGUGUCCUGUAAUAAACGUUAGAUAUAAAAAUUUUUAAUUAAUUUUUAUACAUAAAUUAUCAUGAUUUUAAAAUCACUAUAAAUUUUGAUGGCAGCAAAAUAGUAAAACUUUUCUUUGAUAUUACAGUACCUUUAUAUAUUAUAAAAUGCUUACAGAAAUAACAAUUUUUAGAAAAAAAAUAUUGGAAAAAAUUUUAAAGGUUAUAGUUAUUUGAUAAGCAGCCUUCAGAUAUUGUCUACAGCCAAUGAAAACUUAUAUUUAUAAUUGAUGAAAAUGGAUGUCUGGAUGGACAAGUGAUUAAGGUGGCAGCUUACUGCUCCAGGGGACCAGGGAUAAAUCUGGACAUGUGAAAAAAACCUUGGGAAUUUUUAAGGAGGGUUAGUCUGGAUAUGUUGGGCCUCUCUUUCUUGCCACCCAGAUGCUCCAUAGCCUGGAAAUUCAUGAGCUUCC